AUUAAAAAAAAAAAAAAAGGAAAUAUACAAAUCCAAGGAAAGCAUCAAUGGUGGAAGAAGAAGCUUGCUUGUGAGAUUAUUAUAUCCAGCGAGCUACGACGAGUCAAGCAGUAGUAGUGAACCAUAAGUAGUACCACAUAGUGUGUGUGUGUGUGUGAGAAAGAGAGAGAGAGAGAGAGAGAGAGAGAGAGAGAGAGAGACGUGUUAGUGUGUGUUUUCUUCGCCAAGCUACCACGGCGUGAAUCGACUUUUUUUAGUUCCCAGAUCUCAUCUCUUCCGUGUUUGAUUCACUAGAAAUCUGCAGGCGAGAAUCGAGAUUUAUCAGAUCUCGUUUUCGCUUGCAUUUAGGUUUUUUUUCAAAAAAAAAAAAAAUCAAAUCAAAUCAAAUCGAGAUCUCCGGAUCUGAGUAGUGUCGGUGUUCAAUUUUUCAAAAAUGGAGAAAACUGAGAGCGAGAAGAAAUCGCCGGUGUCAGACGUCGGAGCAUGGGCUAUGAAUGUAAUCAGCUCCGUUGGAAUCAUCAUGGCUAAUAAACAGCUCAUGUCCUCCUCUGGGUUCGGAUUUGGCUUUGCUACAACUCUUACGGGGUUUCACUUCGCCUUCACUGCACUUGUUGGUAUGGUCUCAAACGCUACAGGACUAUCAGCAUCUAAGCAUGUUCCUCUUUGGGAGCUUCUUUGGUUCUCCAUUGUUGCUAACGUCUCCAUUGCUGCUAUGAACUUUAGUCUUAUGCUCAACUCUGUUGGCUUCUACCAAAUUUCGAAAUUGAGCAUGAUUCCGGUGGUAUGCGUGUUGGAAUGGAUUAUACAUAGCAAGCAUUACUGUAAAGAAGUGAAAGCUUCUGUUAUGGUUGUGGUUAUUGGUGUUGGCAUCUGUACUGUCACUGAUGUCAAAGUUAAUGCCAAAGGUUUCAUUUGUGCAUGCACUGCUGUUUUCUCUACAUCUCUCCAGCAGAUUUCAAUAGGUUCUCUGCAAAAGAAGUACUCAGUAGGAUCUUUUGAAUUGCUGAGCAAAACAGCCCCAAUCCAAGCCAUUUCACUUCUCAUCUUUGGCCCCUUUGUUGACUAUUUCUUGAGCGGCAAAUUCAUAUCUACUUACAAGAUGACUUACGGUGCCAUUUUCUGCAUUCUUCUCUCCUGUGCAUUAGCUGUUUUCUGUAACAUAAGCCAGUAUCUCUGCAUCGGAAGAUUCUCAGCUACAUCCUUCCAAGUUCUAGGCCACAUGAAAACAGUCUGCGUCCUCACAUUAGGAUGGCUUCUCUUUGAUUCCGAGAUGACAUUCAAGAACAUCGCCGGGAUGGCCAUAGCUAUUGUUGGGAUGGUGAUCUAUAGUUGGGCGGUUGAUGUAGAGAAACAGAGAAACGCAAAGUCGACGCCACACGGCAAAAACAGUAUGACCGAAGAUGAGAUUAAGCUACUCAAAGAAGGAGUUGAGCAUAUCGACUUGAAAGACGUUGAGCUCGGUGACACUAAACCAUAAAAGUGUGUGUGGUGCUUAUCAUCCAAUUUCAAAUUACACGUCGAAACUGAUUCUUUAUACAAAUAUUUCCUUUGUGUGCUAUUUUCACUUUAUUCUUUCCACUUUAGAUCAUUUUGGGCCUUUAGAAAGCCCAAAUAUCCUUCUUUGCUUAAAAGUACAAGACCCAUCUUAAAUAGUGAUAUGUUCGUUCUAUAUAAAGUAAUACAGAAAUGUCAACUGAACCA